AUGAUCUUCAGCUUCCUCUUUUGUUUCUUCGUUCGAUCAGCUUCUGGGGAUGCAAUUUUUGAGUGUCCUAUCACCUUCAUUACUGCUGAAAGUGGACCGAUUGGUGUGAUACCAUCCAAUCGUGUUGGACUAUCAGUGACACCUGCUAAGUAUGACUGCGCUUAUCAUUUUCUGAUUUAUCCGGGAUGGGCCCUUCAUUUUUCGAUCAGCACUCACUAUGAUCAACUUCUCGGAGAUAAUAUAACUUUCACUGACAAUCUUGGAGUCGUCCAUUUACUGCCCACGCCAAACCAACACAUUGAUGAAUGGUCGUCUGCUCCAACUGCAAUUCUUCACAUAAGAACACUCAGUAAUACAAGUCAAAUGUUUGCAAUUUAUGAAUUUGUGAAUGUGGAAAAGAAAUAUCAGCAAGUCACAAUUCCAACUGGGGAAUAUUUGGCUCUUGAAAAUAUGAAAAACCGGUAUUUCACAUUUUCUUCGAAAGCAAAUGACCGAGUUGCUCUGAACAUUGCAGUGAAGAAUACCCAAGAUUAUGAUACACUUCUGGAAUUCAUGUUUUUAUAUGACGGUGGAGAUGUAAGAAAUUGUCAAAUGGUUGGAAGGCUUUCAAACUUUCUGAGAAAUAAGAAAAUAUCCACAUCGAGUAAUGUCACAAUCUUGAAUUUUUAUGAUGGGAAAUCUCCAUCGUAUUUGAUUGCAAACGACUGGUCAAGUGAGAAGCCGUUGUUGUUUAAAAGUAGGAAAAUCAGAGCAUUUGCAGAAGUGUCAGUGUUCUCCAAGUACAAAGCUAUUCUCACAAGUAAGAAUCAACAAACAACCGGAGAGUUGUUUGAUGCAAGCGAUCAAGGAGCAGCAUAUACAUGGAUAUGCUCCGAUUGUAACAGCUUUUAUUGGACUGUUUUGAAGUUUCAUAAGUCAACGACUACGGUUCCCAAAGCGUAUAUUGAACUUCGAUCUCUUUCACCAACGCAUAAUACCUCUACUCUACUCAACUACUCAGUUUCUGCAACUCUUGAUCGUAACUUCCCACAGCUAAUUCCUUCUAGAAUGUUCACUAUGAUCAAUCAUUAUAGUGGAAUUGCAGUUACAUUGGAUACAUCGACUAGCAAAGCAAUGACUCAGAGGUGGUUGAGACCUUAUGAUGGAAGGAGGGGAACAAUAUUUUCCCCUUCCAUCUGGGAUCCAAAGACACCUCCAAACUUUUCAUUUCAAUUUGAAGACGAUAAUCAAAAAUUCAUGUUCGGUGUGAAUGUGAAAGAGGUUCGAAUCGCAGCCGCAGGGGAGUCAUUGACCAUAAAAACUGGACCAACUGCAUCUGACAACUUUUCAUAUAAAGAAUUUUUGUCCGAUAGUACUGAUUUUUGGACAAGACGGGAAUCGAAAGGAAAUUUCAUGCAAAUCGCUUACGAUGGAUUAGAUAAAAGGUCUAUGGCAAUCGUCAGUUUUGAUAUUUGA